AUUCGAUCGACGGCUGCUCUCGCGAGGAAGCUGGUAGGCCGUGCAUGACACGAAGACGUGCUUGCUCGAUUGUCCGCGAACGCUUGGAUCAUCACAAGGCCGGCAGCUUGCGCUUUCUCCAAACGCCCGCUCAUGUCCGGGAUACCACGAAUCAAACACCUUCUUGACCAACGCAUCAUGGGCGCAUCCAUCGAUGAUCGUGUUCCAGGAGACGAAGUUCCUGGCCGGCAUCCGGAAGAACAUCGCCUGCACUACCUGGAGAUUCCCAUUCUGGGCAUAUGCAGUGAUCAUCACGUUCCAGGUGACGGGAUCUCCCUCCCGCAUCGCCCAGAACAUCGCUCUGGAGUCCUCUUCCUUGCCAUCCUUCGCCAGCGCCAGGAGGAUUGCAGUGGAUUUGAGGAAAGUCCAGCGCGGAAGGAGAUCAAAGACACGCCUUGCGUGCUCAAGAUCCCCGAUCUUAACAAAUGCGCCGAUGAGGCAACUCCACGCCACGGAAUCUCUGCCGCCGGGGAUGCGAUCGAAGAGAUUGUUGGCGUCCCAGGGCCUGCCGUUGUGCGCGUAGACGGUGAGCAUCGUGAUCCAGGAGAACCUGCUCUUGCUGUGAUCGUCCAUGCCGUCCAAGAUCUCCCGCGCCUCGCCGACGCUGCCGCAUUCGCCAUACAUGUAGAGCAGCGCAUUGCAGAGGAAGAUGUCGGUGGAGAGGCCAUGGCUCCAGAUCUGGGCGUGCACGGGUGCAAGAACGCACUAGCUGGACGAAUUCUUGGUCCUCAAUCGAGCUCUUGCGAUCAAUCGGCAGGACAGGCGCUGGCAUUGCCGCAUUCUUCAUUUUUAACGUUUGGCUAUGGAGGAAAAUUGACGCCCACCGUCGAGGGAGAAAGUAAGCCUUCUGGCAGGUUUCUCCAGGGAUUGUGCGAGCAUUAGAGCGAUGGAAUCCAGCCACUGGCGGUGUCGAGCAUCUUAAGGUGAGGAUUUUCGUGUUCUAGAGCAGGGAUUAGACCUCUUCUCAAGGAAAUCGUAGGAGAACCUCUAGUGUAAGCAAUGGUGAGCAGCAAUCAAACUCAACGGGCUGUGGCUCGCCCGUUAACUCGAUCCAGCCGUUGGCAGCGGUCGGAUUGAGUCAGGUUCUGAUGGCUCUACGUUCUUCAGUGAUAUUAGAAGCCAUGAAUAAGUGGCGUUGCCUUUGAGAGAAUAUCUAGACAUUGUUUUGUCACCUGGAGAGCACAACGAUCACUUUUAUCUGGCACAGGUUCCUAUACGCGUGAAAGGCUCAACCGAGAAACCUCAGCUCGCUUCUCUGGAAUCCGAAAUCUCC